UGGGAGCCUGGCGCUGCUGGGAGAGCAGAUUAUGAAGCGGCGCCCUCAACAGCGGCAGUCUCCUCUCGCUUGUCUCAAUGGCUGCACACGCGUUCCUCCUGUUCUCUGUCGCCCUGCUGUCUGCGCUGUGCCGGCCCGGCCUCUCCUUCACCGACGAGGACUCGCAGCCUGGACUUACCUUUGACGAAGUGCCUGAAAUACUGGACAUAAGCGAUGACAAUCCUCACCAAGCAACCAGAAUCACAUCAACUCAAGAUGGUGGGUACGGCUUGGAAAGUGAACAGGUUAGUUUGACGCCUGAAGAGGAAAACCCACUCAGGAGAAUACUGCAGCCAUUUAACUUGCAUCAGCCAGGGAUGUCCCAGAGCAAGAGGAAGCUACUGCAGUCUUUGAUGGGCCCCUAUGGGCCCCUAAGUGUGUCCUACAAUGGGAAGACCUGCAUUCUGUUCAAAGCCAAGCGCCUGGCCAUCCGCUACAGGAACCACACGUUCAUAGACCUGACAGAGAGGAUCUUCAGCCCCGGCUCACCCGUGGACACCAAGGGCUCUAUCUGCACUAAGGAGAAGGCGACGCUUUCAUUACGGUUCGGUGACGUGGAGGACCUGCGAGGACUAGUGAUCCGGCUCCAGAUGUCCAACACAUUUUAUGAGGCGGCGGGGCAGAACUGGUUUACCCUGGAUAGUGUUCACAUCCACUACAACUGGACGCAGGAGGCCACGUUCAACGCCAGCGAGAUCUACGCCCCUGCCACUUCCUCCUACCAUUGCCAGCAUGUCAGCAGCUUGCAUAAAUAUGACACCCUGCUGGUGCCAACCUCCCACACGGACACAUCGGCUAACUGGCACAUCACUUUCACAGACUUCCAGAUCCAGGCCUUCAACGUGCAGUCGGAGAAGUUUGCGUCGGCCAGCGACUGUGCCACCUUCCUGACCCCGGCCAUCCUGAUGGGCCUGGUGACCUCUCUCAUCCUGCUCCUGGUGCUGGCCUACGCCCUGCAUAUGGUGGUCCACCUGAAGCACAUCGACCGCUACGAGGAGCAUAAAGCCACCGUCUACUUCCCUCGCAGUCCAGAAGCAGAGCUCCCCGACAAGAACAGCCUGUGAAGGGGGGAGGGGACGCGCCGCAACAGGGGUAGCGAUGAAGAGAGAGAAACUAAAAGAGGGGCGAAAAGACUGAACGAGAGGCGGGGGUGCAAGUGGGUAAAAAGAGGAAAAGAGUAUCCGGCACAGAGGUUUCCAAUGCAAUGAAGGCAUUAUGGCCUGUUUAAUUGGAAUCAAAUGGUCAGUAUUGUAAAGUGGAAGGGAUGGUGGGACUGUGCUUUGGAUAUUUUUUCUGCUCUUUUUAUGGACCUGCAUCUUGGCAUCCAUUUUUUAUAAGCCGAAUGGAUGUUUCAAUACCCUUUCCCAGAUAAGUUCAUGAUCUUAGGACCGAAGGUCAGAGACGAGACCGGGGACCCUGAAGGGCAACAGCAUUACCCAGCUUUUACCCCAGCCGGGUGUAAAAAAGGCAUCAACAACUUCGCAACUGCAGCUAAUAAUGCUAAAAACAUCUGGUGUUCCUGGUUCAACAUCUGUACUACAUGGCUUCUCUGUGUCACAUUACAAGCAUCCAUGUCACACGUCAAAACUUUUUACACAUCCAGCUUCCAACACAGUGAUUCUAUUCAAGUACAGCUUCGAUAUAUAACUUCCACAUACACUUUUAUAGCUGCGAUAGCCAUUAGCUGCAUGCUAUGAUACGUUGAUCUAUUUGGCCUAGCACAGUGUUUCCUAAUAUUACAGAAUACAGAUAGUCUUGCAUGACUUGCAGCUUAAUAAUACUACAAUGUGGGAAUGGAUGAGGAAUGAUUGCAGGAAGUGUGUGACGAAGCGCGGGGGGGGGGG